AUGAGUGGAACAGAUUAUUCCUACGAUGAACAGGGGCAAUUUUUUCCCAUCUUCGUCGGUACCCUUGUUGGAAUUGUAUCUACAGCUUUGACUUGGGAUGUCUUAAGACCCAGAUCAGACCCAGGUGCCACGGCACCGCGAAUAAAGACAGAUUACAAGCCAGAACAUGCGGAUUUGAUCGAUAGUCAAAGGAGGUCGCAGAGGAGGAAGCAGCGAAAAUUAAAACGAAUGAUCGCCAUGAUUGUGGGGUGGGCGAUAGUCGCUGCUAUGGCGUACCAAUUUCAAAUCACAGCCAGAACUAUAGCAAAAAUAUGGAAUCCAUAUGAUAUAUUGGAUAUCAAAGAGUCCGCUACUGAAAAAGAAAUCAAAUCGCACUAUAAACGACUUUCGCUGAAAUUCCAUCCCGACAAGAUCAGGCCUGACCCUGCGAAGAACCAAACAACCGAGUCAUUGAGCGAUUAUUUCGUGGAGCUUACAAAAGCAUACAAGGCGCUCACUGACGAGGACAUCCGAAAUAACUAUAUCCAAUUUGGACAUCCUGAUGGCAAACAGAGCUUUAGCAUCGGAAUUGCUCUGCCUACCUGGAUUAUCUCUGAAGGAAACGGAAAAUAUGUCGUACUCGUAUAUGCGCUUCUUUUGGGAGUUUUACUUCCUUACCUUGUCGGAACCUGGUGGUAUGGAGCCCAGCGCAUGUCGAAGGAGUACGUUUUGAUCGAAAGUGCCAAUAACUUAUUCCAAGAAUACGAAGAAAAUAUCACAGAGGGCGGAAUUGUUGGCGCUUUAAGCAGUGGUGUUGAAUACAAGCGAAUUUUGAAGGGCCACAAGGCUGAUUCAGGACUUGGCAAGCUGGAAUCGAGAGUUCUCGCAGAUGGCGAUGGAAUCACUGCCGCCGCUGGGUUGUCAAUCAAGGACAAAACAAAGCUAGAGGAAUUAGAUGGCGGUGCGCGACGAAAAGCUCUUGCAUUACUGUGGGCAUACUUGGGCCGAAUUGAACUCGAAGACUCAGAGCUCAACAAGGCGAAAUACGAAGUUGCUCCUAUCGCUCAUGACCUCAACGACGCAUUUAAAGCCAUCACUCUCGCUUUCGCAACCACAGGCCCUAUUCUAGCAUCAUACGCGACUGCUCAAAAUAUCAUUCAAUCUCUACCACCAAAUGCCUCGCCCCUUCUUCAAUUACCACAUAUUACUCCAUCUAUUGCCAAGGCCAUUGAGGGUGACUCAAAAACUCACUUGACUCUUCAACAAUAUAUGGCACUACCAGACGCAUACCGAAAGAGGUUGAGUGUUGGAAAGGGACUUCUCACGGAAACCGAAUACCAAGCCGCCAUGUCUACCGUGAAACAACUUCCUCGUUUACAGGUUGAGAAGGCGUUCUUCAAAGUUACAGGCGAAAAGUUCACCACUCCUAACUCAUUGGUGUCUUUCGUUGUGAAAGGACGAUUUAUUCCUCCUGGGAGUGAGAACGUCCCUGAGGUUAACGAACUUGACCUUGACGACAUCGAUCCAGAUGAGGAAGACCUCGAUGCUAUUCUUGGUCGUGCGAAGAAGUCUGCUAAGGGCGAAAAGGCUGAAGAGAAGCAGGUUUUUCCACCUCUUGCAUUUGCCCCCUACUUCACACGUGACCACUCGCCUAAGUGGCACGUCUUUCUCACCGACAGCAAGCAAGGCAAGAUUGCUGUACCACCUUUCACAUUCUUCGCCUUCGACAAGCCCAUAUUUGAUGAAAGCGGAAAGCCUACUUUCAAUGUGCAAACACUCAAGGUACAAUUCCAGGCUCCUCCACACCCUGGAAGCUAUACCUUUGUUAUGCAUCUCAUCUGUGAUUCUUAUGUUGGAUUCGAUGCCAAACAUGAAGUCACUUUAGUCGUAGAGGAUGCCAGUAAGGCAUUGGACAUUGAUGCGGAGGACGAUAUCAGUGAGCCAGAUGAAGAUUCCCUAGCAGGACAAAUGCAAGCCAUGAAGACCGGCGCCCCACCAAAGAAGAAGAAGCAAACAGUACAAGAAUCCAGCGAUGAGGAUAGUAACACGGAUGAAGAAGUUGAUGAACAAAGUGAAACUGAUACCGAUACCGAUACCGAUGGGGAAUAA